AAGCCAAGACGUUUUAUCACAAUCGGUGCUUGUCAGGCACUUUACAUAAACACUCUUGACCCAGGAUCGAGGAGGCCAAAUCAACAUGUUGCCCGUGAUGAUGCAACGGACCGCGCAGAAGGGUUCGGCGGGGCGUGCUUGCCGCAAGCCUGUCUUGCAUAUCGUCCUACUCAGUGCAGCUUUCUCCGCGCUGAGCCAGGUGGUGCUUACUCUAUUUUGCAGUGUGUUCGACAUGGGGCUUGAGAUUGAGUUCCUUCCAGAGGUUGUUGUUCUGGCCUGCUUCCUCUUCUCACAUUGCGCAGGAUGGACUUCCAACGUGAGAAAAGUGAGUAUCACGAAUCCAGUGAUCGACAAGGUGGCGUUCGAUGCUGGGCGCAAGCCAAGCCCUGCGCCCCCCGCUGGAGACGACAUGUCGCCCAAGGAGCUUUGCAAUACCAGCCUCGAAGAAUCAGGGGACCAAGUUGAACCUACCUGGCGAUUGCGGACUGGCAUGUGCGCCAUCGGCCGCUCUCACACAGAGGGUAUCGCCCCCACGGUUUCAACCUUCGAGGGAGUGAUGAAGUCUUGUAUCAUGCGCCGACGGGUGGAACCAGCAUUGAAGCUGUUUGACCAGAUGUUGGAGGACGGUGUCGGUCACGACGCACACCUCAUUGGCAAGUCCAUCGUCGACAGGUUCUUCAAUUUGGUCGCAGAGAACCUCGAUGCCGCACGCUUGCGGAGAGAUGGGCUCUCACUUUUCAAGGUCGUUGAAGCUCACGGGCUGGCGCCGUCGACGAGAAUUCAGAAUCAUUUGAUGGUCGCGUGGAAAAGCAGACCUCCAAAGACCGUUGUGAAUUAUCUCCUGAGGAUGAGGAGCGCGGGUCAGUUACUCAGCCGGCUAUCAUACUUCUGCAUUAUCAUUUCCAGUGAGCGGUCGGAUCCAGCAUUGGUGUUGAAGCUGUGUGACGAGUUGCAGAGUUUGGGAAUUCAGCCUGACAAGGUGGCGUACAAUGCAGUGUUGGGUUCUUGCUGCCAGCUUGGCAUGUACGACGAAGCGGGUGUGCUCUUCGAGCAGAUGGCCAACCACGGACUGAUCCCCGAUGUCAAGACCUACCGCAUCAUGCUCAACGUCAGCGCACAGAACAAGAACUUCGAGGAGGCCGUUGCAUUCUUUGAGACUAUGCGGGAGUUGGGCUUCAAGCCCGACCGGCAAGAUUACCACAAUGUAAUCUACUCUUGCAUCGGCCUCCAGCGCACCAAACACGCCGUGGAGCUGUACCACGACAUGGUCAGGGCGGACGUGGUCCCUUGCAAACGGACUGUCGCCGUUUUGACGACUGCGUGUCAAGCGUCCGCCUUGAGUUUUUCAGCAGUCUAGCUCAUGGCUCGAUGGAAUGGCGCCAAGGCCCACCAGAGGUCUAGGCAAGUUACGGCACGCCGCUCGCCAACAUGAAUAUUUUUUGGCGGCGAGCCUGGGGAGUGAAGUGAGAGGUGGCAGGCCUUCUCAGAAGGCGGCGGGGCUUCUCACGCCUCUCUCACGCACGAGCUAGCACAAUCGCGUCAAGGUGAUCACCGCCGCCUUCGGCAAAUGUCACGAUUUGUUGCUCGUGCCCAACGUGUCAAGGCAUCAUGGAAGUUCCCGCUCCCUCCUGCAAGAAACAGAGAAUGGCUAUGCUGACGACUCUGAUGGAUGGCCCGUUCUCAUCUGUCGGGCCCCGUUCUUGUCAGAACGGCAUCACGUGCAAGCUCUGUGCGCGUGGCAGUUGGUGAAUCUCGUGCGUUUGUGGUCGUGCCUGUUUCCCAGAGUGUGUGCUCAAAUGCAUGUUUUUACUGCCGCAUUCGCUGCCUCGUCAAUGGCACCAGCACUUCUCACAAGCAGGGACUCCAAGACUCUGAAUCGCUGCACCCUCUACCAGCGGGCCAGAGUACCCAUGAGGAUUGGAGAGGCCUUACGGACGCAGACACAGACAC